AUGAGUAAUCAUUCCAAUGUCAAAGAGGAGGAAGAUGACCGGAUGACAAUGUCUACCGAUGGCUCGCCGCCUAGGACUCUGAUGGGCUUCAGCCCUUUGAAACCGGUUACUUUUCCGACGGAGCCGACUCCAUCAGACAGGGCUCCAUCAGAGCGGACAUCAGAGCCGGCUCCAUCGGGGAGCUUACACGACUUGACCACUAUGAGUCAUCAUUCCAAUAUCAAAAAGGAGGAGGAAGAUGACCAGGUGACAGACUCUACCGAUGGCUCGCCGCCUAGGACUCUGGUGGGCUUCGGCCCUUUGAAACCGGUUACUUUUCCGACGGAGCCGACUCCAUCAGACAGGGCUCCAUCAGAGCGGGCUCCAUCGGCGAGGGCUCCAUCAGAGAGGGCUCAAUCAGAGGGAAUGCUGACUAGAAGCCUCUCACCACUGAGCACACUCACACCAAGCCCCUCUCCCCCUCCGGCGUCGGUGCAGACGCCCAAAGGGAAGCGGUCCAAAAAAGCUACAUCCACCGGUGGUGAUGAAGCUUCAGACGAGUCAACUGGAGAUACGGCCUCUCUUCCCCGACCUGGGAGCUCAAAGAGAAAACGUAGGGCUAGACAAUCUCAACAGGACAACGUCUCUGAUGAUGAUGUUCCUGGGCACAAUCCGAAUGGCAAGGGCUCUAGGUCCAAUCAAAACAAAUCGUGGCGUAAUCAUCACGCGGCGCGAAACAGGUUAAAGGGACAGCAGCAAACACCAAUCCAGAUCGAAUGGACUGUGUAUGGCUACAAGUCUGAUGCUGAUGCGGAACAAAAUGACUCGGAAGACGACGAGAACGCCGUUAUUUACAUACUUGACGGCGACGCUGACGCUGAACAGAAUGACUCGAAAAAUGACGAGAAAGCCGUCAUCCACAUGCUUGAGAGCCAAUUUUCGUUUAUUCCCCGCACAUGGAUGAAGCGCGUGCAGGACGGAAAUGAUCCUACCAAAGGCCUAUUAGCUGUUCAUAUAGCAAAUUGGAAGGAAUACACAGAACAGGUCCCGGAAUUCGAAGAACUUCGUGUCCGUUGUGCUGAGGGUCAGACAGCUGAAGUUUCCAAUGAUGGUGUAAACUGGAUCCCCAUCACCACUGCAACCAAUCGUAAAUACCCUACUGUGGCCACCCUGGCAGCCCCCGUUGCUAGAACCGUGGUAGGGAAGUGUCACACAGACGGUACAAUUUAUAACAAUAGAUUCGGAACUUUCUAUCAGGCCACCGCUAGGGCUCUGAAAAAGAUUAACGUGCGGGAUAGUCGCGCGGCGGUUGCAGAGGGCAGGGAAGAAGCUCUGUCCAGGGAGGUGGCCACGGAGUCCCACCACCGACAAGACGACGAUGGUUUAGCGGAAAGUGUACAACGAGAUGUGGUAUGA